GCCGGCUGAGUGGAGGGAGCAGGGGAGGUCAUACAGCAUUGCCAGUGCUGUGCAAAUGGAGCACUACAGCAGUAAUGUGGAAGAUUUCUCUGUUAACGUGUUUUCUGUGACUCCCUGUCAACCCAGGAGCCCUGGAGUCCAGGUAUCCGAUGGUGACAAGGCUGGGGCCACCCUGCUGUUCUCUGGUGUCUUUUUGGUCCUGGUGGGCAUAACAUUCACAAUCAUGGGCUGGAUUAAAUAUUACGGUACCACUCAGUUAGAAUGGACCCAGUUGCUGGGACCCAUCUUGCUUUCCGUGGGAGUCACUUUUGUUCUGAUUGCUGUCUGCAAGUUCAGAAUGUUAACCUGCAAGACCUGCAAGAGCAUGAAUGAGAGCGCAGAAGAGGCAGAGCAGCCCCCCUGUGGACAGUCCUUUGUUUUCACUGGGAUUAACCAGCCUAUAACCUUCCACGGAGCUACUGUUGUUCAAUAUAUUCCUCCUCCAUAUGCAUCUCCAGCUCAGGAUGGCGUCACCAUGAACUCUGCCCGUUUGCCAUCAGCCAACAAUUCUCAGAGUGCUAACCCACCUAGCAUUGUUACAGGGACAGUCCCAUGUCCCCCUCAGUACUACACCAUCUUUCCUCUGGAUAGCACAGCCUUUACAGGAGAUGAGAAUUGCCCACCUUACCAAGGGCCAGAUGCCGAUGUGAUCAGGGCAGAGGGAAACCAGGAGGAUUCACAGGCUGUGUUAAUAGUUAAUGAAGUUCCAGAUACAGUAGCACCACCUUCAUAUGAAGAAAUCUUCUCUGUACCCAGUGAGGAUUCUACAGAACAAAAUUACCUCUGCUGAAUUUACCAAUUCUCUCUCUCUCUCUCUACUUUAAAAGCAAGCAUACAAUGUGUUGCAAUGGAUAUUCCUGGAAAGAUUAUAUAUUGAUAAUCAGCUAUUUGUACUAGAGUUUAACAAUUGUAAUUCUAAUGUUGUACAUUUAUACCUAAAAAAAAUUAGCAACUGCAUAAAUAUGUUCACAAAGCAUUGUAACUAUUUAGAACAGAUUUUUUUUUAUCCCUUAUAACAGUAAAUAGCUGUUUUUAGUAAUUAUUUUUUCGUACCAUGCUGUGCAAAUGUGACAAUUUACAAGAUUAACUGGAGAUAAUCUGAUGACAUGAAAAGACCUACUUCAUUCAGACGCACAAAAUGUCUUAAAUUGUCGCCUCCUUGCUAUAAAUAACACAACUAUUUAUAGCAGCUUUGAUCACAUUGCUUUGUUUUUAAUUUGGUGUUUCUUAUCAUUUCAAUAUCAUUUCAAAUGACUGAAGGCUUUGAGUCUGCUUUUUUCACUCUCAGCACACAAUAUGCAGAAAGCUCACUGUUUGGAAGCUUUUAUACAUACAGUAUUUUCACAAGCUGAUGUGAGAAUGUUUUAGAAAUAUGACAAAAUAAAAAGAAAUUUAGAAGUUCUCAACAGAUAAUGAAGUGGUAGAAUCACAAAAUGUUACAGCCCAAAUACGGGUCUUUGAUCACAUAAACUCGUUCUGUUGGUUUCUCCACUUGAGCUAAAGUAUAGUCUGAUCCCAUUCAUCUGCUCACACUUUUUCAAACAUCUACCUUAACUCCUUUUAAAAUAAUUAUUGGAUUCUUCUUCAGCUACAGUCUACAGUAGAUGAUAAUAAUAAUAAUCCUUGCAUUUUAUAUUGCGCCUUAUCAUGUCUUUGAAGUGCCUCAAAGCCCAAACAAACCGACUUGGGAAGACUGAAACCCCAUGUUUUCGUACAUUAAUACUGUUUUCAUAUGAAUGCAUCCAGACUAUCAACGUAAAUGUAUGUAUCUUCACAAUGGUAAUUUAAUAUAAUAAAUAAUUAUAUCAUCCAAGUGCUUACAUCCAAGAGCAUGUUUACCUUGGAAAAAUUGACUGCAAGUCAGGGCGGGGGAUGGAAUUGGUGUUAAGACAAUAUAAUCCAGGUGGUUCAUUGAU